AUGACAGGCUACACAAGUUUUCUUGCGCAUUUGUUGCUCGUGUGUACUCUAGCAAGUGCCAUAACUGACAGCCUAUGGAUUGAUUCCAAUAGCACGGGUAUAUCAUGCCACUAUGUUUCGAACCACACAGGAUCUGCACAUUUCCUUUCGCAAAACCAGGAGCCGUUCAUCCAGGCUAGAUUGGGAAGACACCAUAGAAGUCACUUCAGAUCUGAAGACGAAGAAGCUGUCACACCUCUGGAGUGGAGUAUGGACGUCAUGUUCAUCUCCAAGCCCGACUUGCAGAUUGUUAAUGUGGACAAGGGUAGGUAUGUAUACUGGGAGGGCGACUAUGACAUCUACAACGACACAGCGAGUCAAAAAUUUAGUCUGGAUGAAGUUCUGGCUGCAAACAUGAACCAAUCGGCGAUUACAACUUUCAAGCUCACCCCCGAAAGUAAUAUUACUGGACGUUACCCUCUGUCUUCCUCUGGAGAUUACUGUGCGGUGUUGACAUUCACCUCCAACCGGGAAAGGGGAUUUACUGUCGCCGAGGUCAAAUUUAUACAACCACAUGGAGAAUUGGACAAAGAGGACUACAUUUACAUCUAUGUCUACAUUUUCUCCGGCUUGGUCUACUUCGUCAGUUCUAUCGUAUACUUCUACUACGUUUUUCUCAGAAGGAAGCAGACCACCAAUGAUUACCGAGCUAUUGGCGAAACUAGGUCACAACUGAAGAAUGCGGAAAUUCAGCUCCGUAUUCUGUUGUACAUGUUUGGGAGCUCUAUAGUUUACCUUUUCUUAGCCGGCCACUUGAAUCACAAGAAUGCGAAUGGCCAAAUGAAUUUCAGCACCAAGGAAAGUUUCCUUGAGUUGACUCCUAUGGCAUUAACGACUCUGUUUUUCUGCUGGGCAUUGUACAGUCUACUGUUGAUGUCAUCCGGCUAUCUGUUCACCUCAGAACCCAAAGAUCGACGCAUUGUUUGGUUUAUACGUCUGGUAACCAUCUCCUCCUUUGUUAGUGGCUUGCUCUCGGAUUUUGAGUCUGCUUUCAGUCGCACAAUUUAUGGUAACUGGGAUACUGCUCUUUCUCGUGGGUGGCAUAAUAGUUCAAUAGUUCGGGAUAUAUUGAGCUUAAUCUUAUUCCUGGAAUAUGUGGUCAGUUUCGUCUUUGGUUCCUACUUCGCGAUCAAGACCUAUUCCGACUUGUGCUUUCAUGGAAGAAAUGCAACAGCAAACAGAUUCUUGGCGACGGUUGUCAUCAUCAUCGUGCCAACAGCGCUUGAUGGUAUCGGCCGUGACGUGAUAUACAUCGAGAUCUUGUCGUCUUUGGUUGACAAUAUAAUAGAGUUCAGACCUGCUAGCCACAUCUUUCACUUAGCCGCCACUGUUGCGGUGGCUUUCUUGUGGAGAGACACAUCACUGGAGUCAGAGAUGGUUUUGAAGCAAGAAUGA